CCGAAGCCUCUUGAAUCUUUCGCAGAGUCGUCUCGCUUCUGCCCAUCCUCCAACCAGGCCUCAAGCGUAUUCCUGCUGUAACAGCUUAAAUCGGUUUACGUCGCCCUACGAAAAAAUGAAGCACCUCGCUGCCUACCUCCUCCUCCAGUCCGGCGGCAACGCCUCCCCCUCGGCCGCCGACGUCAAGGCUCUCCUCGAGACCGUUGGCAUCGAGGCCGACGCCGACCGCCUCACCAAGCUCAUCUCGGAGCUUGAGGGCAAGGACGUCAACGAGCUCAUCGCUGAGGGCACCCAGAAGCUCGCUUCGGUUCCUUCGGGCGGUGCCGCCCCCGCUGCCGCUGCCGGUGGUGCCGCUGCCGCCGCUGGCGGUGCCGACGCCCCCGCCGCCGAGGAGAAGAAGGAGGAGGCCAAGGAGGAGUCCGACGACGACAUGGGCUUCGGUCUCUUCGACUAA